AUGAAGAAUAUCGUACUGUUGCAGAGACUACCUAAACCUAUAUCAAUAGUUGAAGAAGUCGCUUCACUCGGGCCAUAUUACCACUCAUCCAUCGUCCUGGCUCCCCCGGACCGGGGUGUUAUUAAAAUGAACGUCGAUGUGGCUUUCCCCACUGGAAAGAAUUUCUACGUGACGGCUAUGGUGGCGCGUGGCUGCAGCAGCGAAUGUUUAUGGUGGAAAAUCUUGAAAAAAUUGGGCCGCCCACCUGUUUCUAGUGGAAAAACGACUGGCAUGCUUCAUGCUCUACAACUUGCGAAGGAGAAGGGAUGUAAUGCCAUAGUCAUUGAAGGCGAUAGUUUACAAGUGAUGACAGCUCUCACGGAGGAAGAAUGUCCAUUGGCACCGUUUGGUGCAAUUGUUGAACAAUGUCUAGUUUAUGCUCGUGGUUUCAAUCUUGUUUCUUUUCAAUUUAUUAAACGAACUGGAAAUCAUCUUGCCCAUGAGUUGGCUAAGUUGUACGAGAUGACUGGCUUGAAAGGAUUUAUACUUCCCCCAGGUUUGGUGAUGAAUAUUUGA